AUGGCAGCCAUGUCCAUGCCUCAUCUUUCCAUCCCCGUCCUUCUCGUCGCUCUUGUCGUGACCUUUAUCAUUCACCGGAUCUAUUAUGAAUUGACCACCGGUGCUCGGAGGCGCCGAAUGGUACGGGACAAUGGGUGCGAGGACGUUGUGUGGUACCCACACAAGGGCAUCAUGGGCAAGCUCUACGGUUUGGACGUGAUUAAGCAGAUGGUCCAAUCCGGCAAGGAAGGUCGAAUGCAUGAGGCGACUCGCCUCAGAAACUUCAGCAAUGGCAGAAACACCCUCAAAUUGAAGUUGGCCAAAAACACGAUCAUCUCCACCAUUGAACCCGAGAUCAUCAAGACCAUCCUGUCCACCAAGUUUCAGGACUUCUCCCUGGGCACGAGACGGAGACAAGUCUUCCUCCCCAUCUUUGGCCAUGGCAUCUUCGCCAACGACGGGGCCGCCUGGGAGAGAUCUCGUUCCAUGGUUCGACCCAACUUCACCCGUCAGCAGGUGGCCGACCUCGAGAUGUUUGAAGCGCACGUCUCCCAUCUCAUUGAUUCCGUGCCUCGAGAUGGCUCUACUGUCGAUCUGCAAGAUUUGUUUUUCGGCUUGACCAUGGAUUCUGCGACCGAGUUCUUAUUUGGCCGAUCGACAAACACGCUAGCACCAGGUCUGGAGACUAAGUCCGCUAGCGAGUUUGUCAAGGCUUUUGUCUAUGUGACUGAAGCCUGCGGCAAGAGUUUCCGCUCGGGAGGUCUCCUUGACUAUAUCCCCGAUCCAGAAUAUAAGAAGAGCGUGAAGAUCGUACACGGCUUUGCCGACGAAAUCAUUCAGGAAGCCAUCGAGGAGCUGAAGACCGGGAAGCAGGAUCCCAACAAGCGCUACGUCUUCCUUCACGCCUUGCUCAACCAGACCCAGGAUCCCUACGCCCUCCGGUCGGAAUUGCUUAAUAUCCUCCUCGCAGGCCGCGAUACCACGGCAGGCUUAUUGGCAAAUACUUGGCACGUACUGUCGAAGCGACCGGAUGUUUGGGCCAAGUUGAAGGCUGAGGUGGAUGAGCUCGGCGGCGAGAAGCCCGACUACACCACGAUCAAGGAGAUGAAGUAUCUGAAAUGGACACUGAACGAGUCACUCCGGCUGAUGCCAGUCGUGCCCGGCAACAGUCGUGAGGCCAUCCGCGACACAAUCCUGCCUCUUGGUGGAGGAGUGGAUGGCAAGGCGCCUGUGCUGGUGCGGAAGGGGCAAGUGGUGGCAUAUUCACCGUGGUCCAUGCACCGACGUAUGGAUUUCUAUGGACCCGACGCGCUAGAGUUCAAGCCAGAGCGGUGGGAGACCCUCCGACCGGGCUGGGAGUACUUGCCGUUCAAUGGAGGGCCUCGCAUCUGUGUGGGCCAGCAGUACGCCCUACUUGAGGCAUCCUAUGCAACCAUCAGAUUGAUUCAGACCUUCCCGAGGAUCGAGAGCCGAGACGACGGGGAGUGGCGCGAGUGGCAGACGGUGACGCUGGCCAGCCGUAACGGUACCAAGGUCGCUCUUUUCGAGAAGUAA